AUGUCAGGUCCCACCAUGGACAACGACUUCCAGCUAUUUUCUCCACGCAACUCUGGCGGAGAUGAAUCACGAGCAAAUAGUCACUUCAUAUCAAACCAAAAUGGAGAGAAUGUGAAUCAAGAUUGGACUCAAUGGAUGCGAUGGGAUGAGCCUAUGUUCUCUGAAGGCGACCAAAAGCCAAUGGCCUCGUCUAUGGAUCUGCCUUCCAUCUCCCCUCAUACCGAAAUGAGCUCACCAACUCAAAAUCAAGAAUUCUCCCCGCAUCUACCUCUUGGGUUGAUGGAAAUUCCUUCUCAACAAAACAACCUCCACGGUCCCCCAGGUACCUUUUUGCAGGGCUGGGGCACAAGCCAGCAACCGCAGUCUGGUCUUGUUUCUCCAAUUUCCAGUGUUGGAACUAGCCGGAAGAGAAAGACAGGCAGUGACGACGAUGCCACCACAGUGACCGGUCCGGUGCAACAGGGCAAGAAGAUGCCCGCCAAGAAGCGCGCUCACAAUGUCAUUGAGAAGCGUUAUCGAGCCAACUUGAACGAUAAGAUUGCUGAACUUCGCGAUAGUGUACCCAGUCUUCGAACAACUAAGGCCGGAGGUUCCGCGGAUGACGACGAUGAAGCUGAAGCGAACUCUGCAAGCAAGCUCAACAAGGCUUCUAUUUUGUCCAAGGCCACCGAAUACAUCAAGCAUCUGGAAAUUCGCAACAAACGUUUGGAAGAUGAAAACACUGGUCUGAAAAAUCGUCUUCGCCAAGCUGACAAAGCCGCUGAUCAGGCUGUCACUUCAUCUGCUUCUGUUUCCUCGCCUAGCAACUACGCCUCAACCGACUCUGGCUCCGGUACAUCCCCUAGUGUGUUCUCCCAGGCGGAGGAGAUUCCUAGUGAGGGCUCUCCCAGUUCUCACAACCCUCCGGAGGGUCUACUUCCGGUUUCCGAGGCGUGGAAGCGGAUGCGAGCCGAAACUGCACAGCAGGGAAUCUUCGCCGAGUCAUAUAUGAAACAGCCAUCAUCUUCGGCCCACCAACCGCAGUAUGCCAGAGAGGACACCUCACGUCGGCGCUCUAGGAUGCCCAACAAGUAUAUGCUAGGUGCGCUGGCUGGGCUGAUGGUUCUCGAGGGCAUGGGCUCCGAUGACUCCGAGGGCGAGGCGAAGGGUCUCUUUGCACUUCCCAUGCGUCUUCUGAGCCGCUUGCAAACACCCACCAUGGCACACUGGGAAUAUUAUUUGAAGCACUUCUGGUACUCGUGGCAGGCCCGCGCAUUCUCCCAUUUCUUAGUGCUGGCAACGCUGGUCGUUGGCUGUGCUUUCUUUGUCUUUGUCUACCUCUUCAAUGCCCAACCCAUUACUCAGCGUGGUUCAUCCAAGCCGAAUUCGGAAAGUCAGAUUGUGCCCCUUACUUCCAGUGACUUCCGCCGACAGGCUUGGCUCACGAGCAUGCAACGAGUUGGCGUUCCACGUCACCGUUUUUUCCGGGAGUGGUACGUCGUUACUUCCAGAUGCUUCGAGUAUGUGUUGCGCUGCAUGAUGGGUUGGAAACUGUACUCUUGGGCCACAGGGAUUACCGAAGAAGAUGAGAGAGGCCGUGUCAAGACUUGGGAUAUCGCAAUUGAUGCACAGCUCACUGGUGGAGAUGCUGAAGUUAGCAAGAGUCGUCUUGUGCUCACUAUCUUUGCUGCUGGUACUCUCCCUACCAGUCCCAUGAGAAUGAUUUUGAAAGCCUUGCACGUCCGUGUUCUUCUCUGGUGCGUGGGGGAGCAGGGCUCUUGGUCAUUCCAUAUGUCGAACGACAUUGCUCGAUCUCUCGCACGAUUCCAGUGGGAGGUUGCUCGUGACCUUAACGACGCAUUACCUGAGACUCAUCCCGACCGGCUUCCCAGUCACCUUGCAGCCUUAGUAAAGCUGGACUGCGAGGAAGUCAUGAUCGACACUAUCAUUCAACGUGCCGUCAACCUGACCUGGAACCGACCAACUCAGGAAGGUACCGGUGAUGAAGAGGUGCUCCUGGACGUUGUGGAAGAGGAUCCUGCCAUUCAGUGCUCUCAAGAUGCACUCGCUGCCUGGUGGUCCAGCCAUCUUCUGCAAACUGCUCUUCUUAACUACUUCGAGGCAAGCGAGAAGGGACCUGUCUCCAAGGCAAGCCGUGAUGCCUUCAAGGAGAAGAUCCGCAUGUCUCUCGACGUCGCGCCCAGGCUGUCUGCGGCAUACACCCGGGCCCUCGUCAUGAAAGCUGUUUUCUUCGAACAGAACCGCGUUGAAAAUGUUGGCGCAGUCCUUGCAGCUUUACCCAAGGAGAAGAGAAAGGGAAGUCAAAGCCACGCUUCCAACUUCCUGGACUCUUCCAUUCCAGUCUCCGUCCGCGAUGAAAUUUCCAUCGCAGUACGCUGUGCCAUGAUUGCCGCGAUCGUCACAGCACGAUCCAACGGCGACAGCAACUCCCUGCCCGAAUCCUUCACCAUUCAAAAGGCCAUCAAUUGGUUCAAUCAGCUCCCAAUUGACCCAGUCGAACUAUCCCUUCUCGGUUUCUCGGCAGUCUACCACCUUCUCCACCUCCUCGCCUCAGAUGUAGAUUACAUCGCGUCAUCCGAUUCCUCCUCUCCAUCCACCCCCGUCUCAGAAGCAACCUCCUCGGCCGACGACGAAGCCGAAGAAAAACCCCGCCCAACUCGCAAACUCUCCAUCUGUCCUCGCGACAUCCCAAACCUCGGGCGUGUCUCCGCCGAACUCAUCUAUUGGGCCCGAAAUGCCUACAACCCGGCUUUCUACGGUUUCUCACCCACUCUUGUCGAGGUAGUCGUCGACUCUUGCACAGCGAUCUGCCAGAACGCAGGUAUCAAUGUCGACGACCAUGUCCCCACAGCACCAGACAAGACUCACAUCAAGAGGCGGAAGCACCGUCGUCGCAGGGGCGGAUCAACCUUGUCCUCUCAGAGCGAUGCGGACCAGAGUAUGUCCGAUUCACCCGUAAGUAAGCCGCUUCGUCGUGAGCGCUCCGCUAGCAAUGAUACGGGGUAUGGCAGUCUUUCUGUUGAAGAGGAGUUGCAUUAUAUUCCUCACGCUCAUGAUCAGGCUCCUGUUUCUGUUCAAGAGGUCACUGUGUAA